AUUUGGUCCAAUGGGAUCCGCUCAUCAUAGGUCCUGAUGUAAUUUUCUCUUGUAUAGUCUGUUUCAAUCAACCUGUUUGCUGUGAAGUCCGUAACGCCCAGUCUUGAAGGUGUUCCAAUUUUGGCGGAUACAACCAUACACACCAACUCCCCAAAAUAAUAGCCAUUUGGCUCUGAAAGACUGGCGAUAUUCUUCAACAACCCAUAAUCAACCAUACUUUGUAGGUUUGAUCUAGCUCGGUUCGUGUUGUUGUGUUUACUUGACGCGUCUUCUCUCUUUAAAAAAUUGUGUUGAUGUAGUGUGUCUACCGUGGUUUUUUCUCUUGAAAUAAACAAUAACACAUCAACAAGAUUCACGGAACAAUAACCUUUCACAGCUGCAAACUAAGUCUCAAAAUGAAGGUCCAUGACAUCAAGGAUAUCCAGGACCUUCGGUCUGUGAGAUUGACCCGUCUUAAGGAACAAGCUGAUAAAGUUAUUGUCAAAUUGACAAUGAUUAUUGUGACUGCCCAAUUUGGCGAUAAACCUGUUUUAGAGCUGACAGAUUUCACAUCACUAUACAAGAAAGGAUACCAUUCGUUCCCUGUGAAAUCAGGAUCAGACGCUGCACAGCAUUUCAAGGAGUUGAAAAAAGUCUAUAAGAUAGAAGAAGACCCCUCGAAGAAGAAAGUAAGAGGUGAUACAAAGACACACUUUCUUGAUAAUGGUUAUUUCGUGUUGGUUCAUGUAACCGCUGAGGCUUAUAACGGUACCACUGCAGCUGACUUCAUUAUGACCGGCUUCAAGAUUUUGAAUGAAGGACCUUCAAUGAUCAAAGGGUUAAGUCUCAUACAACAAGUUAAAGUUACCUCAUUGAUCAAGGCCAUUGAAAGCCGGUAUUCACUCAAUAAUUCCAAAAAUAAAGAAGAACUGAAGAAGAUAAUUGAAAUAAUAAAACCAUCAUCAUCAACAGCAUCUUUUGAAACGCCAAACAAAAGACAAAAGAUAGACAAAACUUCUCAAGAGAGUAAUAGCAGUAAUGGAACAGCUCAAGAACUAACACCACCAGAGAAUAUUGAUCCUUCGCCAUUUCCUUCAAACCCACUAUUCAUACCACCACCAAACUCUAUGGGGAGCCAGCUUCCACUAACCCAAAUCUCUGAUGAUUUUUCUUAUAGUCAAGAUGACAUUGAAAAAAGUGAAGCUUCAUUAUGUGUUACUGAUAAUGAACAGAGUGAAAGUCAGGUUCAAGUGGAACAGACACAAAUAGAUAUUGUCGAAGUUGAGGUUAAACAUGAAAUGGUUGAAGAGAAUGGAACAGAUGAAUCUGUGGUCCAUGAAGAGGUUCCCGAAACGGAGGCUCCUCAAGAAGAAACUGAAACAGAGAAACAAGCAGAGGUAGAUGAAGAUGAAGAUGAGGAGGAGGAUGAUGAGGAUGAUCCAUUAACUGCCAUUGCAUCUGCUUUUAAAGAAGGUAAUUAUCUAACUGAAGGGGGUGCGGUUGUUUUUCAUGGCUAUAUACUCGGUUCAGAACCUUUAAAUUUUCAAAUCAUUGGUAAACCAUUCAAUAGCACAACUAUCAACACAACUGGGUUCAGACUUUUGUUAACAAAUUUCCCUCCAAAUAUGCUGAGAAAUAUGAAAAUUAAUGAAAACUGUAUUGCUGUUGAAUUUUCAUCAAGAGAUCAAAUACUGUCUUUCUUUGGUUAUGAUAAUAUUGAAGACGCUUAUAAAGAUCAAGACAAGAUUCAAAAAAAAUUAGAGGCUUUAUUGAAUAGAAGAGACAAGAUGAGUUUCACUAUCGAAAGAAAGUUUUAUGGGAUGAGUAAAGGAAAGAAACUAGUGUUUGAGCUGACUGAUACGAUUGAUUACUUAUUAGAUCAGUAA